AUCGCAAAGAGUUCGCAGCGUUUGUCGGACCACACUUUGUACGUUAGAGAAUAUCACUUGGUCUUAAACAAAUACCAAAACAAACUUAAAAAGAAGCAAUCAUGAGCUCCGCUGAGUACUAUCCAUUCAAGUGCACACCCACCGUUUACCCCGCUGAUCCCUUCGAUCCCGUCGAGGAUGCCGCCAUUCUGCGCAAGGCAAUGAAGGGCUUCGGCACCGAUGAGAAGGCCAUCAUUGAGAUUCUCGCCCGUCGCGGCAUCGUCCAGCGUCUGGAGAUCGCCGAGGCCUUUAAGACUGCCUAUGGCAAGGACUUGAUUUCGGACCUGAAGUCCGAGCUGGGCGGCAAGUUCGAGGAUGUGAUUGUGGCACUGAUGACACCUCUGCCCCAGUUCUAUGCCCAGGAACUGCACGAUGCCAUUUCCGGCGUGGGCACCGAUGAGGAGGCCAUCAUUGAGAUAUUGUGCACCCUGUCAAACUAUGGCAUCAAGACCAUUGCUCAGUUCUACGAGCAGAGCUUCGGCAAGUCCCUAGAGUCCGAUCUGAAGGGCGAUACCAGCGGCCACUUCAAGCGUCUGUGCGUCUCGCUGGUGCAGGGCAAUCGGGAUGAGAACCAGGGUGUUGAUCAGGCGGCCGCCAUUGCCGAUGCCCAGGCGUUGUAUGAUGCCGGUGAGGGAAAGUGGGGCACAGAUGAGUCCACCUUCAACUCGAUUCUGAUCACCCGGCCGUAUCAGCAGUUGCGUCAGAUCCUAAUCGAAUACGAGAAUCUCACCGGAAACGACAUUGAGACUGCCAUCAAGCGUGAGUUCAGCGGCUCUGUACAGAAGGGUUUCCUGGCCAUCGUCAAGUGCUGCAAGUCCAAGAUUGACUAUUUCUCUGAGCGUCUGCAUGAUGCGAUGGCCGGUUUGGGCACCAAGGACAAGACGCUGAUACGCAUCAUUGUCAGCCGCUCCGAGAUCGACCUGGGAGAUAUCAAGGAAGCAUUCCAAAACAAGUAUGGCAAGAGCCUGGAGUCCUGGAUCAAGGAGGAUGCAAACAGUGAAAUUGGAUAUUUGCUUGUGACGCUCGUCGCUUGGUAGAAGAGCUGCGCGGUAUGCCCAAUAUAUAAGCGUUGUAGGGACUUACACAACUGUGCAAUAGAAAUGCCAAAACAAAUGCAUUCUCGAAGUCAGAAAUAUAAAAACCUGAAAUUAUUAUUGUUGUGAAAUGUAUCAAUUCCAUUUAUAAUUCUCAUUGAAAUAUGAUUUCUAUUUUGUAUUAAUA